AUGGAACUUCUUUUAGCCAGUUUCUUGGGUUCAUGUCCGCAGAAGGAGCACAUUCACAACAUGGCGAUCAGCCUGAUUUCAUGCCUGGCAGGUAUUCGUUGGAUGCAAGGUAUCCAGGCCAUACCUCAUCCGUUGCUUCUGGAGGCUUUGUAUCUGUUGACUCUAGUAGGAGUGAGGGUGGACGAGGUGUUCUGAACAGUCAAAAUCCUAACCGAUGUAACAUGGGACUCGUUGAGGAAGAUACUAACGCACUCGAACAAGAAACCGAUGCGUAUCUAGUAGAUGACCCGGAUGAAGAGGGCGAUGACGACGAGGAUGAAAUUGAAGAGUUCGAUGAGGAUGAAGAAUCUCACAACGAUGGUCAGGCACGCAGUCCAGAUGACAACGUCAAAGGUUACAAUCUGAGGAUUGAUCCGCCACGUCGGAGUGCUAAUCGUUUCACCCCUUCUGUCUUCAAAAAAGCGGCCAAGAAAUGCAAGAACUUUGUGAAGGAUGUAAAGUGGAAAAUGGAAAAUGCUAAUACUCGGUAG